ACUAACUUAUCAAACAACUAAUAGUGAAAAAAGCCGUUAUAUUAUACCAAGAAUUUCAACGGUCAUCUUUUCGAAGAUUCAAAAUGAAAACGAAAAUCCCCCCAAAUUACCACUCUCUCUGCAUACCUUAUCAUCCGGAUUCUUUUACUCGAUCACAAAACAAAACAUUAGCCAUUUUCCACUUCCUUUUCUUUAAAGAAAAGAGUUAAAUCUCAUUCCCAAAAUGGCUAAAAACGAACAAGAGAGAAAAAUCCCAGUCUUCACGGUCAUAAAGAACGGCGCCAUUCUCAAGAACAUCUUCGUCAUCAACAAACCCCCACCACCAUCACCCUCUAUCUUGGCCGUCGAAAAUGAAGAAAACCCAGCUCAAGAAGAUGAUGAUGAUGGGGAGGAAAUCUUGAUGGUUGGUCGACACCCGGAUUGCCACAUCAUGUUAACUCACCCCAGUAUCAGUAGAUUUCACCUCCAGAUUCACUCUAAACCUUCUUCACAGAACCUGUCUGUCGUCGAUUUAUUGUCUGUGCAUGGGACAUGGGUUUCCGAGAAAAAGAUCGAACCUUGUUUUCCGGUGGAGCUGACUGAGGGAGAUACUUUAAAGAUUGGUGGGUCAACUAGGGUCUAUAGGCUGCAUUGGAUUCCUUUAAGCCAAGCAUACGACAUGGAUAACCCGUUUGUAUGGCCCUUGGUUGUGCCCGUCGCAGAAGAGAAAGAAGAGGAAAAUCAAGUGGAAAAGCAUCAGGGUUUGAAUUCUUUUUCAAUUAAAGAAUUCGAACAAGCUGAAGAGAAAAAGUCAUUGGUGAUUAAAGAAAAAGAAGGAAUAUGUCAGGAUGAGAUUUCUAUUUCAGUUUAUGAUAAACCAAGUCAAUCUCUGGAUUGGAUUUUGGAGGGGACUGCUUCCUUGUUUCAAGAUGAGAGAUCAGAGUUGACUCCAGAAACACAAAUCCCAUUUUCUGGGACAGUAGCAAUAGAUUCGGCUUGUCUAGUUAGGAGCAAUAUGUCGGUGCCUGAAGAGCAGAUAAUUGAUAAAGAGAAUCAGAUCCCAUGUCAUGGUUCUGUGAUAGAAUUUAUACCAGAAACUGAGAAUUCAGUGAGUUCCCUGAGAUCUGGUAAAAAAUUCAAGAUUUUGGCUAACUUUGUUGAUUCACUUUUGGAUUCAAAACAACAAAAAUUACCUGAUAAAACUGAAAACCAAAGUCCACUGCAAGAAGGCAAUGAAUUGAGGAAUACUGAACAGUCUGCAAAUUCUUCUUUGGUUUUAGGGGGAGUUCUAUCAGAGAUCAAUUCUGAACAGGCCAACAAAGAAAAUGAGACCCUGCUGUCACUCCUUAGGCAACCAUCUGAGGCAGAAAUGCAAGAGAAGUCUUCGAUGGACAAAAACCCGAGUUUGUUAUUGGGUUUAAACUCUGGAUGUUCUACUGAAGAAGGCUUCCCAGAAGCUCAAUUGUUUGAAGCUGGAAACCAUAGCCCAAGGGAAGAACUUGAACAGAGGGAAAUGCCAAACUUUUGUUCUUCUAGUUUUGAAGAGGAGUCUGUGAACUCAUCUUUGCCAGUUGGGGAAGUAUUUACUGAGAUUACAGAGAGCAAAAACAACCAGACUCCACAAUCUCUGCUUUAUCCUAAAGGAUUUAAAGAUCAGGAAAACUAUGAAAUUUCUCCACCGAUAUCAAAUAGAACUAGCUCACAUAGCAUUUGGUCAAGAAGAGGUAAACCAGCUAGUGUUCUACAGAUUCAAACUGGUAGAAGCAGAGGAAAGACAAAGGGUCACGAUAAGGCUGAUGUAGAAUUGCUGAGACAAGAGGAUAUUGAAAAUAAAUCAAUUUCAAAGACACUUUUUGAUGGUUUUGAAGAGAAGGAAGAAGAAAUCUUUACUCCAAACAAGGAGAAUUUCUCCCCAAAUACUCUUCUACUAAAGUCCUUGAAAAGGAAGGGUAAGCUGGAAGAAGUUAAGCCUUCCAGGUCUUACAGAAAAUCCUCCUCAAAGGUUCCUAUUAGCCCCAAAAUCCAGCUAGCAGAAGACUUGGAUUUUUCUUCAGAAAAAGAGAACCAGACGCCAAAAGUUCUCCAAGAGCAGAAAUUAGCAGGACAUGCCUCCAGAAAUCAAGGGAACUUGAAAGAGGAGAGGGUGAUAAUAAAGAAAAUUCAGCCAGAAGGAGACUUGAUUUUUUCCUCAGACAAAGAGAACCAGACACCAAAAGUUCUCCAAGAGAAGAAAUUAGCAGAACAUGCUUUUAGAAAUCAAGUGAACUUGGAAGAUGAGAGAGUGAUAAUGAAGAAAAGAGCAGAAAGGAUGCCAUUUCAGUCCCUUGUGGCAAACUGUUCAGGUGGUUGGAGAACAAGAGCCUCACUCUCUAAUGCCACAACAAGAAGUAGUCAUUCUGUCAAUUUUUCUCAAACAAUGAAGGUCACUAAUUCCUCAUCAUCCAUUGGAGAAAGAAGGAGAAGCUGGGCCAUGGUAGUGGAUGCCACGACUCUUCUAGACAAGGAGUCAAGGAAAUCAUUACAGCUUUUACAAGGUCUCAAGACGACUCAAUUGAUCAUUCCAAGAAUGGGUAAUAUAUCAAAUUAUAAAUUCAUAAGGGAACUAGAUUGUUUGAAACGCCGUGGUAGUCUAUUCAGAAGAACAACUGAGGUUUCUUCAGUGUUGGAAUGGAUUGAAGAGUGUAUGGUGAAAACAAAGUGGUGGAUUCACAUUCAGAACUCAGUGGAGGAGGGAAGAGCAGUUGCACUAACCCCUCCUGCUUCGCCCAAGUCCUUGUUCAGUGAAGGGAGUAGUGGGAGUUUUCCUUGUGGGACUAAAAGCUGCGGGGUAUUUUCUGCGGCUACAAGUUUUACCGAAAUUGUUUCACCAACGGCAGAAGACCAUAUCCUUGAUUGUGCUCUUCUCUUCAGGAAAAUGAAAAAUGACGGACAACUAGUCCUGCUUUGCAAUGAUGUCACUCUGAAGAUCAAAGCCAUGGCAGAGGGUAUUAUCUGUGAAACCGCUCAAGAAUUCCGUGAGAGUCUUGUGAACCCCUUCUCCAAGAGGUUCUUGUGGGCAGACAGCUCUCCUAGAGGACUUACAUGGUCAGUUUUUGAUGACACGGUUUUGAGAGAGAGGUACACCCGUGGCCCUUUGAAGAAUGGAGGAGAUGGUGCAAAAGGUUUGAAGCUCAUUCUGCUCCAUAACUCUCAUUAUGCACAGAAGAGUAGCUCAGUCAGAUAGGAGAACAGUUUCAAUUUGUACUUAAAAUGAUCAUUCUUCAUUAGGUUUGUUCCUCUGGACAAACGAGUACUUGAAAUUGAGUUGUUUGAACUUUAUAAUUACAUAUGAAUGUAUUGCCCCUCUACUUUUUUUCUU